AUGUCAGUAGCAAGAUUUGAAGUAAAGAAGUUUGAUAGUAAAGGAGAUUUUGGCCUAUGGAAGGCCAAAAUCAAAGCAAUUCUCGACCAACAGAAGGCUCGCAGAGCUCUCUUUGACCCAUCUACACUCCCAGCCUUAGUGAAAGCUCAAGAAAAAGAAGAUUGGGAGCUGGUAGCUUAUGAUGAAUUCAAGAAAAUUUUUGUUGCAUUCAAAACCUUAGGAGAAAAACUUGGGGAUGAAAAUGAGGCCUAUGUGCUUCUUAAUUCUUUGCCAGAACCCUAUAGGGAAAUUAAAAAUGCUCUAAAAUACAGAAGGGAUAAUAUAAGUACCGAUACAAUAAUAUCAGCUUUAAGAACUAGAGAGCUUGUAACUGACAAAAAGGAUUAUCCUAGUGGUGAAGGAAAUGUGAGAUAUGUUCCGCUUCUUAAGAGAAACCUAAUUUCCUUAGGAAUGCUUGAUGCAAUUGGGUGUGAAUACAAGGGGGCAUAUGUUGCCACCACAAAUGAAAUCACUGAGGCUGAUGUUUGGCACAAGAGAUUGUCUCACAUUAGUGCUAAAGGCCUAGAAGUCUUAUCUAAGCAAGGGAUUCUACCUAAAGGAAAGACUACAAGACAAAGUUUUACUAAAGCACAACAUACCACAAAGGCUAUCCUAGAUUAUAUUCACUUAGACCUAUGGGGUCUAGCUCCUAUACCUAGCCUAAGUGGCUCAAGUGAAGAGUUUAAUAAGUUUUGUAAAGAAACGAGCAUAACUAGGCAUAGGACUAUUAGAUUUACUUCUCAACGAAAUGGAGUUGCUGAGAGACUUAAUAGAACAAUCAUGGAAAGGGUUAGAUGUCUUCUUUCAGAUGCUAAUCUUAGAGAAAAGUAUUGGGCUGAGGCAGCAAGCUACACUAUUUUCACUUUAAAUAGGUGUCCUCAUUCCUCCCUAAACAUCCUAACUCUGGAAGAAAAAUGGACAAAACAUCCUCCUAACCUAGAAAAUCUAAGGGUAUUUGGAUGUGUUGGCUAUAUUCACCAAAGUCAGGGGAAACUAAAAUCUAGGACAGUGAAGUGUAUGUUUGUUGGGUUCUCAGAAGGUGUUAAAGGCUUUAAGAUGUGGAAUCCUAUUGAGAAAAGAUUUAUUGUAAGCAAGGAUGUUACUUUUAGAGAGAAAGAGAUGUUUAUGCAAAAGGAAAAGACAACCUGUGAAGUUCCUAAAAGCUUUACUACUGCUAGGAUUGAGGUGGAGGCACGUAAAGAUUCAUCCACUAGUCAUAACCCUCCUAAUGAAACUGAAGAAGAAGAAGAGGAAAACUCAGGUGAAUCUACUGAGCAUACUGAAACUAAACCUGAUUCGAGUCAGUACUCAUUAGCUAGGGAUAGACAAAGAAGAGUGAUAGUUCCUCCAGCUAGGUAUACUGAAACUAAUUACAUGAACCUAGUUCUAAAUGCCACAAUAGCUUCUAAUGACCAAGACCUGCUACUUUUAAAGAGGCAGUGA